AUGGCGUUCCGUGUCACCCCAAGCCCAGCAGGGGCUUCCAUCAUCCGCGUGCUGGUGGCGCUGGCCCCGGUCGCUUUGCCCGCUGCUUAUUUGUUGUACGUGAAGCGCAGUCUGGCGAAGAAGACGGUUGUUUCUGAGGCGCAGAUCUCGCCGUUAGGGAGUUUGCUGCUGGAUGAGAAAUCGGAGGAUGACGAUGGCGAUGUGAUACCGCAAGACGUUGUAGCUAACGCGGAAGAAUUCGUCAUCGCGCGGGAGCGGGUGACUUCUGUCCCUAUCCCCGUCGCUGAUCUCCGGCCUGAGCUCGCGGAGCUCGGGGGUUUGCUAAAGGCGUACCUAAGCGCGACGAUGCGCGCGUUCGCGUGGACGCCGCAGGCCCUGGUCAUGGCGCGCAUGGGGUCUGCGCUGGCCGAUCCGGAGGCGUAUAGACGGACUUUCGAGGCGCGGUAUCUGGGCGAGUGCGCGUUUGAGAUCGGGGAUAGGGUGUGCGGGGUGUAUGUCGUCAGGGGCAGGAGAGGGGGCAGGGCUGUGCUGGGCUUGUCGCCGCCGCCAGGAUGGAGAGGCCCUGUCGUGGCUGGGGCGCUAAACGUUGGAUUUGAUCUCACGGCGGGGGGAGAUGAAGUGAAAUUCGUGAACGAGACUGUGCUAUGGAGAAGGGUGGGCGAGAAACCUACGCUUUUGGAGGGGAGUGUGGGCAGGUGGCUACAUACGCUCAUGGCGAGUUGGUUAGUGGUCAAGGGGAUCGAGGCUGUGGCGGAUGGGAAUGUGAGGAAUAUUUGA